AUGGUGGAGGGGCUAGGUGUGGGGAGACUGGGGAGCCAGAAUGGUGCUGGGCUGCCUCUGUCCCUCCAGGAGUCGCCCAGCCACCUCCCCCUGAAGGCCCUGGUGAGAAGAAGGCUGCAGGUCAGGUGGGGCUUGGCUGGGGGGGCCCUGCUCUCAGCCCUCUGGUUCCUCUGGCCCCCUGGGCUGGGCCCCACAGGGACCCUGGAGUCCCGGCCUCCACUCACUAUUCUCAUCUGGCACUGGCCCUUCGCCAAGCAGCCCCCAGACCUGCCUGGGGACACCUGUGCACAGUUCGGUGUGGCCCACUGCCUCCUGACCUCCAACCGCAGCCUGCUGGCCAGUUCGGAUGUAGUGGUCUUUCACCACCGGGAGCUGCAGACACACCGGGCCCGCCUGCCCCUGGAGGAGAGGCCGCAGGGGCAGCUCUGGGUCUGGGCUUCUAUGGAGUCCCCCAGCCACACGCGAGGUCUGGGUCGCCUGAGCGGUGUCUUCAACUGCGUGCUGAGCUACCGGAGCGACUCGGACAUCUUCGUGCCCUACGGCCGCCUGGAGCCCCGCGUGGGUCCCUCGCCGCCGCCCCUGCCGACCAAGCGCGGCGUGGCGGCCUGGGUGGUCAGCAACUUCCAAGAGCGGCAGCGGCGCGCGCGGCUGUACCGCCAGCUGGCGCCGCACCUGCCCGUGGAUGUGUUUGGCCGCGCCAGCCGCCGGCCGCUGUGCUCGGACUGCCUGCUGCCCACCGUGGCCCGGUACCGCUUCUACUUGGCCUUCGAGAACUCCCAGCACCGCGACUACAUCACCGAGAAGUUCUGGCGAAACGCGCUGGCGGCUGGCGCUGUGCCGGUGGUGCUGGGGCCCCCGCGCGCCAACUACGAAGCCUUCGUUCCUCCGGGCGCCUUCGUGCACGUGGACGACUUCGGCUCGGCCCGCGAGCUGGCCGCCUUCCUCGUCCGCAUGAACGAGAGCAGCUACCGGAGCCUCCUCGCCUGGCGCGGCCGGCUGCGCGUGCGCCUGCUCGACGACUGGCGCGAGCGCUUCUGCGCCAUCUGCGAGCGCUACCCGCACCUGCCGCGCGGGCAGGUCUACGAAGACCUGGAGGGCUGGUUCCAGGCCUGA